GAGCGCGGCUUUUUGCUGGCGAAGCCGGCUUUGGAGAGCUGCUGUGGCGGCGGCAACAUGGCGGACGUGAUAAAUGUCAGUGUGAACCUGGAGGCCUUUUCCCAGGCCAUUAGUGCCAUCCAGGCGCUGCGCUCCAGCGUGAGCAGGGUGUUCGACUGCCUGAAGGAUGGGAUGCGGAACAAGGAGACGCUGGAGGGCCGGGAGAAGGCCUUUAUUGCGCACUUCCAGGACAACUUACAUUCGGUCAACCGGGACCUCAAUGAGCUGGAACGUCUGAGCAAUCUGGUAGGCAAGCCAUCUGAGAACCAUCCUCUUCAUAACAGUGGGCUCUUAAGCCUGGAUCCUGUGCAGGACAAAACUCCUCUCUAUAGUCAACUCCUUCAAGCAUAUAAGUGGUCAAACAAGAAAGAGCAACUUUCUAUUCCAAGAAUAUUCCAUUGGGAAGUCUGAAGACAUUUCCUCCCUCCUGCCCUCCUGAACUGUUCUUAUUAGAAUCCAGUUGCUUAAUUGUUGCUUAAGUUCCUGCAAAGUUCACCUCUCACAUCUAUCUCUGAAGGUGUUCUUUUCUGUUUUUGCAUCAUGGAACUAACAGGGUUGGAAUGGUUUUACGUUGCAAUGCAGAACCUUUCCUUUAGGGACUCUGUCCUCUAUUAAGGGUAAACUAUAAGGCCCAGGGGAGAGCCACCAUGUCCAUCUUGUUCCUUGCUGGGAGUCCCCAGCAACUAGCAAGGCACCUGGUACACUGUAAUCAUUCAAUGAAGAUUCACUGAGUGAAUGAAAGAAUAAAUGAAUCGAAGCGUUUUCUGUUGAAUUUUUAAUUUACAACCCCUUUUGUGGUUUGCUUGCUUGUAUUUUUGAUGAAGUACAAUGAGGGCAUUUCCAUUUUCAGCCAUUACUGAGAAAGCCAGUUGUGGUGCUUGCAGAAGGGAGGAAAUUUGGAGAUCUUAUAAUGGAGGCUACAGCUGGGGGUCAUUUGGAAGGCCAAGGUGAGGUCAUUGGGUGAACCGAUGAUAAGCUCUUUGAAGGCUGAUUGUAGCAGUUUUAUCCACAUCAUCUGUCACCUGGUGUGCCCUUCUAAUGGGACUUGGUGGAAGUUUUUUGGAGUUGCCUGAGUCAGGCUAAUUUGAGCUGCUGCACCUGAUGUCAGGUGUUCUGUGGCAGCUGUCAUUUUGGCAGCAAUGUGAAAACUGUCUGGGAAGAGGAGAGUCAAUUCCACCAGCCUCUUAGGGUUAUCCUACUUUGUGAGUUACCUAUAACCAAUUUCUAUUCGUGUUUUCCUUCCCACCAGGCCUACCCCUGACUCAUUCUUCUCUCCAUAUAGCUGCUACAUGUUCAGGGAAUACAGAUUCAUUCAGAAUAUAAUAGGAAAGAAAAUCACUUAAAUGCCCCUCACAGUUUAAUCAUCAUGACGUUAGGAUUGAGCACCCUUCUGGAUUGUCCUUUUAUUAGCAAAGGUGUUCUUUCACCUAAAUUUAACCUUUGUAGCACCCCAUCGCUCAAAAUGAACUUGCUAGCAUAGUGGGUUUGGCUGUAGUAUAGACUGCCCUGGUUAGCCUUGAACCCUGCACCCUCCUCCUCCCUCCCCGCCUGCAAACCCUGGAUACCAUGGGAGCCAUUAUGAAAAGAACAGCCAACCAGAGAAAACAAUGAAAUACAGCCAGUCUCCUGGACAGCUAGAUACAUGGUAGGAUUCAGAAGUCAAGGAAGGUA